CAUAUUGUAACUUAUUUGAACAGUUUGGUCUUUGUUUGUGUGUGUGUGUGUGUGUGUGUGUGUGUGUGUGUGUGUGUGUGUGUGUGUGUGUGUGUGUGUGUGUGUGUGUGUGUGUGUGUGUGUGUGUGUGUCUCCAACAGAUCAAUUUUCUAAUGUCCCACUAUUUGUUUUAAUUCGAGCGUCAAGACAUUCCGCCACUUGGGGGCAGUAUGGCUUUAUCAGUCUGUUAAGCUAAAAAUUGUGUUUCUACUGCAGAUGCAUCUUAUAGAAUUAGGUGUAAUAGGAUUUUGGUAACUGCACCAUCCCGCAAUAUUAUUAUUAUAAAAAAGAAGAAGAAGAAGCACAAUUUAUAAACAAUUAUAAUAAUGCAUUAUUAGUAUAAUACACAACUCAAUUAUAAACAUUUAAAUAAUGAUUUAAAUAUUAUUGUGUAGGUGUGUUUUGUGUCCACAUUUACUAUAUUCUGUGAGACUUUGUUAUCAGGCAAUUUGACAAGAUGGCUACUAUCUGGAUCACAUUGUCUACAACUACUAGUUAAUAUUAAUAAUAAUAAUAAUAAUUAUCAUCAUUAUUAUAGAUAAUACAUUAAAAACAUCAGAUACACUUGGCAGUAAAACAUGAAAAUAAGAAACAACAAGGAAAUCAAUUUGAAAUAGAAACAAACUUAAGUAGGGUAGAAAGGAGUUAACCUUGACAGAAAGAAGAGACAAAUGAAGAUACAUUGAGUGCACAGAUACAAAAGUAUCCAGAAAUCUAAAGUUGAAAGCAAAGGCUUGGAAAUGAGUACAUAUUGUUACAUCUGAUUAGAACAAACGUAGAGUGUUUGUGUCUGUGUGUGCCUGUUUUGGUGUGUUUAUUUGUGUGCGUGUGUUUGUAAGCAUUUGUGUAAGCGUGUGUGUGAGAGUGCGCAAGAAAGAGAGAGAGAGAGAGAGAGAGAGAGAGAGAGAGAGAAAGAAAGAGAGACAGAUAAUUCAGCAGACGAAGUUUGAGAGAGCGAGUGAGAGAGAGAGAGAAAGAUUGAGAGAUAAGGAGAAAGAGUUUCUACCUCUCAACUAAAUCCAAGGUCCCGACUUUGACCAUUAUUUUCAUUGAGGCUGACCAAGGAGUAAGAGUGAGAAACAGAGACAGAGACAUAAGAGAGACAGCGACAGAGGGACACACAGAAUGGACUACUUUUAAUUUCAACAUUUUUGGAUGAUGUAGUAUGAUGAUUUUGAUUAUUUACAGACAUUUUCUCUCUUACUUUUUGUAGCAUAUUACAAUCACUUAUGCGCUUUGGCAUAAUACAUAUCCCAGGCCAUUUAAUAACUUAGAUUUGACCUGAGAAAGAGUGAGAUAGAGAAACCGAGAGAGAGAGAGAGAGAGAGAGAGAGAGAGAGAGAGAGAGAGAGAGAGAGAGAGAGAGAGAGAGAGAGAGAGAGAGAGAGAGAGAGAGAGAGAGAGAAGAAACAAAGAGAGAGAGAUAGAGAAACAGAGAGAGGGAGAAAGAAAGGAAGGGAGUGAUAGAACCAGAGUAGAGAGAGAGAGAUAGAAAUUCAGAGGAGAGAGAGAGAGAGAGAGAGAGAGAGAGAGAGAGAGAGAGAGAGAGAGAGAGAGGGAGAGAGAACUAGAGGAGACAGAGAGAGAGAUGGGCCACAUGGCGACAGAGAUCGUGGCGUUCCUCCUCAGCGUGUCGGGCUGGAUCCUGGUGUCCUCCACGCUGCCCAUGGACCACUGGAAGGUGUCCUCUGUGGACGGCACCGUCAUCACUACGGCAACCUUCUGGUCCAACCUGUGGAAGACGUGUGUGACCGACUCCACCGGCGUGUCCAACUGUAAGGAAUUUCCCUCCAUGCUCGCCCUGGACGCCUAUAUCCAGCUGUGCCGGGGUCUGAUGAUCGCGUCCGUGUGUCUGGGCUUCCUGGGCUGCUCGCUGGCACUGGUGGGCAUGAAGUGCACGCGGAUUGGGGGCUCCGAGCCCACCAAGGCCCGGCUCACCGCCCUGGCCGGACUCCACUUUGUGCUCUGCGGGCUCUGUUGCAUCACCGCCUGCUCCAUCUAUGCUCACAGGAUCACCACAGACUUCUUUGAUCCUCUCUUCAUUGCACAGAAGUUUGAGCUGGGCGGCGCGCUCUUCAUCGGCUGGGCCGGCUCCGUGCUGUGUGUCCUGGGAGGCCUGGUCUUCUGUCUGUCCCUGUCGGAAGGCUCCACAGUCAGGCAAGCUCAAUCAAUCACUAAUCAGUAGAUCGGUCAAUCAGUCAAUCGGACAAUAAAUGACUCAAAUAAGGAUUUUAAUGAUAUUUGUUUAUGCCUUUUGUCCCCUCCAAGACUCUUGGGAUUGUUUCAAGGGUCAUUCUUGGGAGAUUUUACUGCAUGAAUACAAUAUAGGGAAUCACUCUUAUUGCCCUUUGAGGCAGGCCUCUGUUUAAAGAGCGCUCUGGUUCCAGUCAGGGAAAAGCUGUGCAGUGACCCCCAGACCAACUCUGACCCCGAGGAGAGACGUGGUUCCUGGGGUGAACAGCAUGAUUUUCUUUUUAAUAUCCAUUAUGACAUGACUGUUUUCUUUGUUUCAGUUAAAUAACGACCUCAAUUAUCUAUGUGAAUGUCACCUUGGCAGCGAGGGCAAGAGAACCACUGCGGACAGAACACAGUUUGCUGUCAGGGUAGAAAAUUAUGGAAGUAGAAUUUAAAAGAAUUAAUACCAGUAGUAGUAUUUUAACCAUUUAAUUAUAUUUGUACUUUCAUUGAUUUAUGAAUAGCAUAUUAACGCUUGAUAGCGGGACAUCCUCAGCGCAGUUCGUCAAGGCAAAGGUUUCACUUGUUUGUACGUUCAUCUCAAUUUGAAUCACUUUAUUGUCGACCAUGCGACACCACAAGGUGUACACCCACACACACAGACACACACACACACACACACACACACACACACACACACACACACACACACACACACACACACACACACACACUCACACCAACACAUACACACACACGUAUACAUACAUACA